AUGCGGGGAGGCCGCACCGGCCGAUUGGAGCUGCUGUUCUUCUUCACAGAUGAUUGGAAAAGGUCCUCGUCGCUGCUGUUGCUUCUGCUGCUGCUGCAGCAAGGAGAGAGGGCACCCCGCCGUCCAAGCGACGCAGCCACUGAAGCUGCUGCUGUUAGGAAAGGACACGGAAGGCCCCGCAUAGGAAGCCUACCUUUGCUUCUAGAGAGAGCCAAACGACUUCUCACCCAAAGGCGUAGAAUGCCGGACUCUGCCAAUGUCAUUGUAGUCUCAGACGUCAAGGCUGCUGUUGCUGCUGCACCGCUGCUCGCUGCGGCUGGGGCGGCCAGCAGCGGCUUUUCUGCAGCUGUCGCGGCGUUAAAUCUCUCGCUUCAGAAGCUUUUUGCAUGUGCUAGCUCAACGCUCUAA